CCCGAGUGGUGUAGUUUCAUCACAGCCGGUCUGAAACUGUAGCGUAACAGACGAUUAUAAUCACAGGUUUAUGAACUUGGUGGAGUACUCAGGAGAACCAAAGGAUGUCCCGAGUGGUGUUUCUGCAUCCAGACCUGGGUAUCGGUGGAGCUGAACGACUGGUGGUCGAUGCUGCUGUGGCUCUUAAGACUCGUGGGUGCAGUGUCCAGAUCUGGACAGCCCAUUAUGACCCAGCACACUGCUUCUCUGAGACCCUGGACCCAGAUCUGCCUGUGGUGUGUGUGGGCGACUGGCUACCCACCAGCCUCUUUGGUUACCUGCAUGCCCUGUGUGCCUACCUGAGGAUGAUCUAUGUUGCACUCUAUCUGGUCUUCCUCAGUGGUGUGGAGUAUGAUGUCAUCUUCUGUGAUCAGGUAUCUGUAUGUAUCCCGGUACUCAGACUGUCCCGUCACAGGAAGAAGGUUUUGUUCUACUGUCACUUCCCAGACCAGCUACUAACACAAAGGAAGUCGGCCUUGAAGAAGCUUUACCGUGCACCCAUUGAUUGGCUGGAGGAACGUACCACUGGCAUGGCUGACUUGAUUCUGGUAAACAGCCAGUUCACCGCAGGCAUCUUCAGGGAAACCUUUCAUAGUCUAAGUGGGGUCCAGACAGAUGUCCUCUAUCCCUCCCUCAAUACUCGUACCUUUGACCAGCCAUCCGCUGAAGCGCAGAGCCUGGAAGGGCUGCUACCUGAGGGGACCUCCAACCUGUUUCUCUCUCUGAACCGAUAUGAGCGAAAGAAGAAUCUCGGCCUGGCUCUGGAGGCUCUGGCAGCCCUGAAGUGCAGUCUUCCUUUGGGCCAGAAAACGAACAUUCACCUGGUGGUGGCGGGGGGUUACGACGACCGGGUGACUGAGAAUGUUCAGCAUUUCACUGAACUGAAGGAGCUUGCAGCGCAGCUCGACUUGGAGGGCUGCGUCACAUUCCUGCGCUCCCCCUCUGAUGCACUGAAGGUGGCGCUGCUACGGGGCAGCACAGCCGUGUUGUACACCCCAAGCAGAGAGCAUUUUGGGAUAGUUCCCGUCGAGGCCAUGUACUGCUGCUGCCCUGUUAUCGCUGUGAACUCUGGGGGCCCCCUGGAGAGCGUGGCAGACGGGGAGACGGGCUUCCUGUGCGAGCCCACGGCGGAGGCCUUCUCUAAGGCCAUGGAGAGGUUCAUCAGGGAGCCGCAACUCCACAGGGGCAUGGGACAAGCUGGGAGGAGGAGGGUACAAGAUAAAUUUUCUCUGGAAGCUUUCUCAGACCAGCUGUAUGGGUACAUUAUGAGACUCAGCCAGUGAUGUGAAAGCUGCAGGACAGAAUAGACAGCCAGUGGAAAGGCAGAAACAAUAUUAUCCUACUGAACUGUGCAUUGUCUGUGGACAACUGGGGUGUGGGUCUGCACAGAGAACUGCUGUCUGCUACCAGAAUGUAUGUGUAGAUGUGGUGAGAGGUCGGGGGUGUUAUGAGGACUUAGGGCACAAUUAAUCAGCAUUCCCCUGGAGGGGUUGCUGCGAGGGGAAAAAAAAUGACGGAAUCUCGCUACCAAUUAAGAAAAGAGUAACGAGUUAAAAAAACACCACCCUGCAAGUGUGUAUGUGCGGUUGCGUAGUUGUGCAUGUGUAGCAGCACAGCAACCAAGAUCCUAGCAAAUGAGCAAACCAAAAGGAUUGAUUGUUAGAGUGAAAUGUUUUGCACUGUGUAUAUGUUUUUUUCUCUUUCUUUUCUCCAGUUCUCUUUGUCUUUGUGUGUUUGGGCCUGAAGAAGAAUGUUGUUCCGACCUUGUGCCGUCACGCUGUGCACAAUCCCAGAUCGAUAAACGGGAUGCUUCCUGUUUAUUCCUGUCCUCCCGGAGCUUUGUUCACUCGUCGCAUUCAGAAGACGCUGGCCUGUCCGUGACUCUUGCUGCUGCGUGGAGGUUAUUAGCAGAUGAUAGAGCGUGUUUGGCUUUAUUAGAGGUCUGGCUGAUGGGCAGUGCGCCUGUGUCUGGGUCAUUAUCAACGAGGAGAAUAGCAGAAGGUCAUUGUGUCUGGCCUCCUCAGCCCUUUUACUGUAUAGAAAUGCUCUUAUUGACAUUCCUGAAGUCUUAAUAAACAAGAGGACACAUACUUUCCCAACUCAUAUGGGGGUUUGCUUUGUUGGUAAGUUUUUUUUGGCCUUUAAUAGAGUUUGCUAAGGAUUUGUGUUGAAGCACAGAAACAUUGUUAAUGCUGUGCUGUCCUUUUUUUUUUUUUUUUUUUUUUUUUCACCAUUGAACACAUUUGAUUGUACCUUGAGUUGUUAAAUGAAGCAUUCUCAGACAAUGUAGCAUCCAAACACUUUUUAUUUUGCUCAUUAUCAAAGUUACUGAAGGAAAACAUUAAAAAGAUCUCAAGUUUC